AUUUCAAGUGUUUGAAGUGUAAAUCUCCAGUUUUGUUAUUUUUUCUAGUUUUUAUUAAAUUCCAAAACAUGGGAAAAACCCGUUUUGAUGCCAAUUGGUUGCAGAAGCAAGACCCAAAUGGGUCGCUUUACGAAUCGUACAUCAUUUUUAAUGAACGCUCUUUGGCUGCAGGUGAAGUUUACUGCAAAAUUUGUAAUCGAAGGAAAGUAACCUUCGCAAACCGAGGAAUCGCCUCUCUUCAUGAUCAUGCUAAAACUUCAAAACAUAAGGACCUCGCAAACAUAUAUAGCAGUAACCAGCAGCUUCGGUUGUCUUCUUCGUCAAAAGUUGAAGUCAUUCCAAGCAGAGGAAAUAGGGAUGUUUCUUAUGAGCCACAGCUGUCUACUCAAUCGACACAGCCAACUAUGCGGCUUCAUGUUACGGAUGGGAGUACACUUGAGAAAGAAGUUGUAUGGAUCAUCCAUAGUGUGAUGAAAUAUGCAUCAUUCAACUCCGCCGGAAAAGACUCAAAAAUUUUAAAAUUGAUAGCUCCCAACGACCUCAAUGGAUUCUGUCUGUACAGGCAGAAGAUGACCGAUAUGGUUAACCAUGCAAUCGGUCCUUACUUUAGAGACCUUUUCUUAAAGGAUGUCCGAGGCGAAUAUUAUUCUCUCCUAUUCGAUGAAACAGAAGGCAACAACAAGCAAAAGGAGCUGGAAGUAACAGUGAAAUAUUUCUCAUGUCACUUGGAUAAAGUUAGGUUUUUUCGUUUGGAGUCGACUUUUUUAGGAAAAGCAACCGCAGAUAUUCUGCUUGGUAAAAUAAUGAGAACUUUGGAAAACGCCCAAUUGCCCUUGCAGAAUUUGGUCAUGAUGAGCAGAGAUGGACCAAAGGUCAACCAAAGCUUAGAACGCAAGAUAAACCACAAGCUGAUAGGUGAAAGAGGUUUUCAACUUGUCAGCACCGGAUCUUGCCCAGCACACAUUAUUCAUAAUGCAAUUAAGUAUGCAUUAAAGGAAUUUGGUAUCGAGGUUUCCGAGCUCGCAAAAGUUGUUUAUUUUUACUUCGACGUACCUGCUCGCUGGGAGGAUUUCGUGAACAACAGCAAGAAAAAACCGAAGAAGUUUGUUAAAUUUGUCGAAACAAGAUGGGUGAUGCUUGGAAAUGCUGCAAAGGUGUUAAUGUCGAAUAUAGAUGAACUCUAUGUACUGAAAUCAAAAUUAACACACGGGACUAAAAAGAACUUAACGUAUCACGAAGAAGCAAUCGUCAGAAUUUUAUCGAUGCGUGGGAUGAAAUCCAUGAUCCAGUUUGUGAUUGAUGUAUGCAACGACGCUGAAAUAUUAAUCCAAUACCUGGAAAGCAACGAAUUUAUUUUGUUCCGUAUCCAUGAAAAAGUUAAAUGUUUCAUGACUUGCUGGUUAGCAAAAAUUUAUGACGUAGAUAAAAUUGAGAAUGUUUUCACAGAAAAAGCAAUUCAGUCUUCCCAUUGUAAAAAGGUAGCGAGUGUAAUAUUGCCAAGUGCAGUAUGUAAAUUCAAUGAUGAUGAGAAGGUUUUAACCUUGUUAAAAGAAGGUUUGAUAAAGCAUGUUCAGACGUUGAUAAGUUAUCUACUUGCGAAUAAUAUUCCGCAUAAUUUCUAUUAUUUAUUUUCGUUUUUGAAGCCAUCGAAUAUAUUCUUGUUAAUUCAGAGACAAAAAUAAUGGAACUAGCUAAGUUAGUAAGUUUUAAUUUGGAUCCAGUUCGCCUUUUUGAAGAGGUUGUUGUACUAAAAUCUUUUAAAAAUUCUGUUCAAACAGACGCUGAUUUUGCAUUUUUUACUAAUAUUUUUAAACAGCACAAUUUCACUGAACUUAAAAAAAUUUUUCAAAUUGUAAUCACCGUAUCGCAUUCUAAUGCGGAAGCUGAGAGACGUUUCUCUUGCUCAAAGCUUAUUUUAACCGAAAAUCGUUCGAGUAUGUCUGAAGAACUGUUUAACCAUCGUAAAAAUAUUUUAAGUGGAAUGAACUUUUUCCAGAACGAUUUGGAAAAGUUCACACAUGUCGAAAAAGUAGAGAAAGAAAAUAAUCAGAAAAAGGAAGAAGUCAAGUUAACAGCCAAGAAAGAGAAAGUAGAAGAGCAGAACAAUAUUAUCCCAAAAAAAAAGAGAAGCUGCUGAAGAAAUUACUAGCUUGAUUACAACACAAUUGAAAAAACUUAAAGAUGAUAACCCACAAGUUGCGUGUCUAAAUAUUUUAGGUGCGCAGCGUGAAAAACUUAUGAAUGAAGAAGCUGAGGAACAAAAAAGUCCAACACGCGUUGAAAGCGA